AGAGAGGUGGGUGACCGCCGCGCCUCCGUAUCCGGGCGUGACGAGCUAGGCAAGCGGCUCGGCCCGGCCUCCGCGUGCGCCUCGCGGCGUCAGCUCCAGUCGCCGCCGCCGCGCCGUACUCAGCAGCGGAGACCAGCGAGUCAACAGGCAGCAGAGGGGGAACGAAGCAGGCGGUUGCGACCAGGCCCGCCUGGGCCGGUCGCCGCCCGCUCGUAGCAUACCCGACGCUGCAUCCGCCUCACUUCGCCGUCGCCCGUGGCACGUACGGCUAGGGUUUUGAGAUAGAUCCCGUCCGCCGGCUCGUGAGCGCGCGCCGUCGUGCGGGGAGGAAGAGAGGAAGUGCCUGGCUCGCGCGGUUUUGGUUCCUUCUUCUAGAAGCUUCGGGGCGCGCGAUCCGGCGCGGGCGCAAUCGGUGGCAAUGUCGGGCUCGUCGGCGGCAGGGGAGGAUAUAGUGCAGCACCUAUCGUCCAAUUCCAACCCCUCUUCGUCGAAGCUCGCCAAGCUCGAGGCCCGCAUGGCCGGCAAGGCUGUCUCCGUUCCAUCGUCACCGCCGCACCAUUCCAUGGCUGCCUCCGCCCCCGCCGUCGCCUUCAUGGACCAGGAGGAGCUGCCUGAGACCUCCUCUUCCGAUGAUGAUAAUGGCGAGGAAUUCUUGAUACAAAAGAAUACCCUGAAGCGUCCGAGAUCUCCAGAUGGUGACCACAUCCUUGCUCUUGGAAAUUUUGAGCAUCAGGGAUCGGCAAAUGAGGCAGCAAAGAUUUUAGAUGUCAUGGAUUCUAGACCGUCCUCGGACAACACAAACAGAAAAAAACAAGGCCGUGGAAGGGGUCGUGCUGGUACAGGCCGAGGCCGUGGCUCAAAGGCUGAUCAAACACGAGCGACUACUUCAGCUUCCUCAGUUGUAACAAAUGGUCAACCAGAUAAAUUAACCAACAAAGAACCCCGAUUGAGUGUUCAACCUGGCCAUGACGACAAGGCUGCUUUACAGGAAGAAUUAUCAAUAUUACGUGGUAAAGUUGCAUUUUUGGAGGAGGAGCUUGCGAAAUCGCAUCAAGAAGCAACCAAUUAUCAUCAGCUUAGUGAUAGGUUAGCAAAGGAAUUGAAGGAUCUCAAAGAUCAUGAUCAACAAAUGAGAUCAAAGCAAAUGAAGGUCCUGUCUGAUCUGCUGAUAGCUGUGUCGAAAGCAGAGAGGCAAGAAGCCCGAAUGAGGAUAAGGCAGGAAUCUUUCAGACUUGGGAAUGUUGGUGUUAUGAGAGCUGGAACUAUCAUAUCUGAAACUUGGGAAGAUGGACAGGCAAUAAAAGAUCUUAAUUCUCACCUGAAAUCUUUGCUGGAAACUAAAGAGACUAUUGAAAGGCAUCGUAAAUCACUUAAGAAAAGACAAUCUGACAAAGGUGAUGGCAGUGAUGCUGAGACUAGCAUGUCUGAGGAGGACAUCCUCUUACAGGAUGAAAUAUGUAAAUCUCGGCUAACGAGUAUCAAACGGGAGGAAGAACAGUAUCUAAAAGAAAGAGACCGGUAUGAGUUGGAAAAGGGGAGGCUUAUACGAGAGAUGAAGCGUCUCAGAGAUGAAGAUGGAUCACGCUUUAACAACUUCCAAAUUCUUCACCAUCGUUAUGCUCUCUUGAAUCUUCUUGGAAAGGGAGGGUUUAGUGAGGUUUACAAGGCUUUUGAUUUGGUGGAGUACAAGUAUGUGGCAUGCAAGCUUCAUGGUUUGAAUGCUCAAUGGAGUGAGGAGAAAAAACAGAGCUACAUACGCCAUGCAAUUCGUGAAUAUAACAUUCACAAAACUCUGGUGCAUCCAAACAUUGUCAGGCUAUGGGAUAUAUUUGAGAUUGAUCACAAUACAUUCUGCACCGUCCUAGAAUAUUGCAGUGGAAAGGAUCUUGAUGCGGUCCUUAAAGCAACACCAAUUCUCCCAGAAAAAGAAGCAAGAAUCAUAAUUGUUCAAAUAUUUCAGGGCUUGGUUUAUCUUAACAAGAGGGGUCAAAAGAUCAUCCACUACGAUCUAAAACCUGGCAAUGUUCUCUUCGAUGAGGUUGGUGUGGCAAAAGUUACAGACUUUGGCCUCAGCAAGAUAGUGGAGGAUGAUGUUGGUUCUCAGGGAAUGGAACUUACUUCUCAGGGAGCUGGAACCUAUUGGUAUCUUCCUCCAGAAUGCUUUGACCUCAGCAAAACACCAUUUAUUUCAUCUAAGGUAGAUGUUUGGUCAGCUGGUGUAAUGUUUUAUCAGAUGCUCUUUGGAAGGCGUCCUUUUGGCCAUGACCAGACUCAGGAGAGAAUACUUCGGGAAGAUACAAUUAUCAACGCACGGAGGGUGGAAUUCCCUUCAAAGCCAGCUGUAUCAAAUGAGGCAAAGGAUCUGAUUCGCCGCUGCUUGACAUACAAUCAAUCAGAGAGGCCAGAUGUCCUAACCAUAGCCCAAGAUCCUUAUCUCUCAUAUGCAAAGCGGUAGCCACUACGCAGGAGAAAAUUUUGGUGCGGGUAGCUGCUCGUUGAAUGAGAAUAUGUAUGGGGAUGGAUACUCUCGCGAAGGAGCAAAGGGAACAAGCUCAAGAAGACCAAAAAGGGUGUAACUGUAUAUGUUGUAAAUUUUAGUCAGCCUCACAACAGCAAAUGGCCUGAAAUCCUGAAGGCGUCAGUUCAAAGGCCAAGCUUCUUUCUAACGUAGAGGAAGCAGGCAUUGGUUUGAACGGUCCAUGUACUCUGACAUUUCUUGACACUCUUGUGCUUUGCUCCCCAUGCGUAACGUGAUUUUUUGGCUGGUGGCCAGUGGUCCUUUUGAUGGUA